GUGGCUGUAUUGGUAACCCGUGUUCUCUGCUGUAUGUUUGUGCAGGACGACAGCGAUGGCAUUCCCUGGUCGGAGGAGCGAGUGGUGCGGCGAGUCCUCUACCUCUCCCUCAAGGAGUUCAAGAGCUCCCAGAAACGGAUGCUCGGGGGGGGCCGGCAUCAGCGAUGGAACCAAGGCUCGUUGGGGAUUGGUCAGCUGAAUGGCUCGGGGUCCAAAGGCCUGGCUAAGGAAGGUGGCCGGGGUUCGACUCAAAGCACGGACGGCAGCAGCGACUACUCGGAGGACGGCCCAGUCAAGAAGAGGCCCCGACUGCAAGCCCAGAGGAAGUUUGCUCAGUCUCAACCCAACUCUCCCAGCACGACCCCGGUGAAGGCAGCUGAGGCUAUGCUCCCCACCCCUGCCUCCCAGAUCACAGACCUCUCCAGGCGCAAGCCCAAAACGGAGGACUUCCUGACCUUCCUCUGUCUCCGAGGUGAGCCAGGCAGCCCGACUCAGCAUGGCCUCUUGGGGAGCUCCCAGGACGAGGACGAGCUGGCGGAUGAGGAAGAGACUGAGACUACGCGGGCGGAGGCCAGCGUGGCGUCGGCGUCCUGCCCGUACACUCCGCGGAAGGGCAAGCCGCCUGGCAAGCAGGCCCUGAACGGACAUGUCUUCAAUGGCUACAGCAAGGCUUCGCGGGACAAAGAGGGAGCUGGCAAGCUGAAGGGCCGGGAGGCGACGCCAGUGAAGGAGCGCAGUGAGCGGCCAGACGGCCGCAGGGAACAGCCCACCCCUCAGGCUGGAGCCCCGGCCAGGGGGCCCUCUGCUGGCAGUGUGCCUUACAAGCGCACGGCUGAAGAGCUCCGCAAGCAGGUUUCCAAGGUGAACGGACUCACGCGGGGACCCCCUGCCGUCACACACACAGCCAGUGCCAAAAAAACGAAGGACUUCCGUCUGCCGUCCAAAACUGUGAAGUGCACACAGGCUGCGAGCAAGGCCCGCAUCACGCACACCAAAGCCAAGGGGGCGCUGGUCAGGAGGUCCAGACUGAACCACAGCAAACACGCCACGCUCCACAGACCGCCCCCAAGGAAGCACUACCACCCCGGCAACGGCCUGCCCCACUCCAACUCAGGAAAAGCCCAAGGUAGCAAUGCAAAAACACGCAAACAGGUGCUAUUGUCCAAUGGGGCGCACAAGCUGGCCAACGAGGGCGGCGCACGCCUCAACGGACGUCUCAACGGGCAGCUGUUCCCCAAAGACGGCAUCCCCCAGGGCCGGGAGGGUCUUCGCAACUCCAAGAGACGUCUGGCGGCAGCGGGGGCCACGGUCCAACUGCUUCUGGAGAGAUCCAAGAAACCGAAGCCUCCUGCCCCUGCCCCCGAGGCUCCCGGUGAGGCAGCUGUGCCCAGCGGGGCGGCAGUGCCUAAUGGGCAUGUCGCCACGGAGACGAGCAUGCCCAGCCCGGAACGCCAGCGGCCCAGGCGCUCAACUGCGGGGCGGCUCAUGUUCAGCCGGCACUCGCAGAUCUCCAGCGUGGCACCAGCGCCGCAGCAGGCCGCCCCCGACCACUCUUCUACCUCAGCCCACGAGCCGCCUCGCGUCCAGCACAAGCAGGCAGAGCCCCGGGCCAAGACCGGCUGCCCCCCCAUUACGGAGGUGCUGGUGCUGCAGCCCAACUCCACCGAGUUCCAGGACCCGCUGGCGUACCUGGACUCGGUGCGCGAGCAGGCCGAGCCCUACGGGCUGUGCCGCAUAGUCCCCCCGCCCGAGUGGCGGCCCGAGUGCAAGCUGAACGAGGACAUGCGCUUCGUCACGCAGGUGCAGCACGUGCACAAGCUGGGCCGGCGCUGGGGCCCCAACGUGCAGCAGCUGGCCUGCAUCAGGAAGCACCUGCGCUCUCAGGGCAUAACCAUGGAUGAGCCGCCCCUCAUCGGGGGCUGCGAGCUGGACCUGGCCCGCUUUUUUCAGCUCAUCAAUGACAUGGGCGGAAUGCAGCAGGUAACGGACCUCAAAAAGUGGAGCAAGCUGGCGGACCUGCUGCGGGUGCCACGCUCCGCCCAGGACCGGCUGGCUAAACUGCAGGAGGCCUACUGCCAGUACCUGCUGUCCUACGACUCGCUGUCAGCCGAGGAACGCCGGAGGCUGGAGCAGGAGGUGCUGGCCGAGAAGGAGAACCUAGAGCGGCGGCGGGGGCCCCUGGAGGGCCACUCGGAGAAUGCGCAUCGCUCGCUGGCACUGCCGCGCUACGAGCCCAAGAACGGCCUGGUCAACGGCAUGGUGCACAAGGACGGCCUUCGUGGCCGACUCAAGGACGCCGUGGACGCCCUCAAGAUGGGUCGGCGCCGGCUGUUCGCUCAGGAGAGGAAGGCUGAUGAGCAGGAGGACCGCGGCAUCCUCAGCGAUCAGCACAAGUGUAUUUACAAGGGCCGUUCUGUUUCCUUGACCACCUUCUACCGGACAGCCAGGAACACUAUGAACAUGUGCUUCAGCAAGGAGCCCACGGCCGCCGAAGUGGAGCAAGAGUACUGGCGCAUCGUGGAGCAGAAGGACUGCCAUGUGGCCGUCCACAGCGGGAAGGUGGACACCAGCACGCAUGGGAGUGGCUUCCCCGUGGGCAAGUCGGAGCCCUUCUCCAAACAUGGAUGGAACCUCACAAUCCUGCCCCACAACUCUGGGUCCAUCCUGCGUUACCUUGGUGCUGUGCCUGGGGUGACCGUCCCCUGGCUGAACAUCGGCAUGAUGUUUUCUACCUCAUGUUGGUCUCGCGACCAGAACCGCCUUCCGUUCAUCGAUUACUUACACACAGGUGCAGACUGCAUUUGGUAUUGUAUUCCUGCUGAAGAAAAGGCCAAGCUGGACAAAGUGGUGCACACCUUGCUGCAGGCCAAUGGUACCCCUGGGCUGGAGAUGCUGGAGAAGAACAUCAUGAUCUCUCCGGAGGUUCUCUCCCGCGAGGGCAUCAAGGUGCACCGCACGGUCCAGCAGAGCGGCCAGUUCGUUGUCUCUUUCCCGGGAAUUGUGUCCAGGGUCUGCUGGUACAGCGUCUCCGAAACCGUGCACUUUGCCACCCCCCAGUGGAUGAACCUGGGAUACGAGGCUGCUAAGGAUCUGAAAUGCCGACGCAUCGCGAAACCCUUUUCCAUGGAGAAGCUGCUCUACCAAAUCGCCAUGUUCGAGUCCAAGCGUGAGAACGGCCACGUUCUGGGCACAAUCGCCACUCUUCUCAAAGAUCUCAGGGACAUAGAGAUGCGGCAGCGGCAGAAGCUGUACGAGGCCGGACUGCUUUCCUCUGCCCGCUACGGCUCGCACGAUGGCACUCAGGCACCCGGCGAGGCCAGGAAGAAGCAGCGCAAGUGGCUGGCACUGGAGUCAUCGGAACGCCGAUGCCAGACAUGCCAGCACCUCUGCUACCUAUCCAUGGUCGUCCAGGAAAACGAGAAUGUGGUCUUCUGCUUGGAGUGCGCGUCACACUAUGUGGAGAAACACAAGUCCUGCCGGGGCCUGAAGAUGAUGUAUCGCUACGACAAGGAGCAGAUUGACAGCCUGGUGGACCUCGUGUGCGGUAAGGCGAUGAAGGGCCGUCAGAACUGUAACGGGGUCGUGCCGGUCAAGACGGCUGCCAAGCGCGGCCCGCGGAAGCGAGCGACGGUGGAGGUUUCCCGCUCCCGCCUCCCGUCCUCCCACCUGGCCAAAAGUGCUACGGGUUCCUAGUGAAGAUGCCAAGAAGUCCCAGGGUGCUUUUUUUAUUUGCUGUAACCCCCCCCCCCCCCCCCACUUGUCACCACUUUCUUCCUGCCAAGAGGAAGUUUUUGCACUAGAGUUUGAUGUCAUCCUUGUUUUUAUGAGGUCUUCUUAUGAGGGCCUAGCAUUACAUUGACAUUUAUGUGGCUGCACCUGACCCCCCCCCCCCC